UUGGACUCUUAAACUUAGCGAACAAAUACUGUUUGCAAACAACCAGCCGUUUGACGGUCAUUUGUGGGAGAGAGAAAGGCCAUGGGAGAAACGCAGCUGAAGACGAUUAUGAUAACAGGGGUGAGUCGAGGAUUAGGGCGGGUACUGGCCUUGGAGUUAGCUCGCCGUGGCCACAUCGUAGUUGGCUGCGCCCGUUCGCAGGAGAAGCUUCAAGCCCUAAUGACUGAGUUGACGCGGAAUGAACCCGCUUCUUCUUCUUCCUCUUCCUCCAAGUACCUUCUCAAACAUCUCGACGUGAGAUCUGACAGCAACAUGAAGGAGUUCGCUAAGCUUCUUGUGGAAGAAAGAAAGAUACCAGAUAUUAUCGUAAACAAUGCAGGGACAAUCAACAAAAACAAUAAAAUAUGGGCUGUGCCAGCUGAAGAGUUUGAUAUGGUCAUAGAUACCAAUAUAAAAGGAACAGCCAAUAUACUUCGUCACUGCUUGCCACUAUUAAUAGAAAAGAAGCAAGGAAUUGUCGUGAACAUAUCCUCUGGGUGGGGAAGAUCAGCAGCUGCAGAGGUGGCUCCUUAUUGUGCUUCAAAAUGGGCAAUAGAAGGCCUGUCGAAGUCCGUGGCGAAGGAAUUACCUCCAGGUUUAGCAAUUGUUGCACUGAACCCCGGGGUCGUAAAUACAGACAUGCUUGCCUCAUGUUUUGGAAGCAAUGCUGCCUUUUAUCAGGCACCUGAAUCAUGGGCUCCAAAAGCUGCUACAAUGAUACUAAAUCUAACAGCAGAAGAUAAUGGCGCUUCCCUUACAAUAUAAAAGCUGAGCCAAUUUUUCUAGUUUCUUCAUAUUCGUUCUGAAAACUCCUCUUCUGCUCUUUGUGAUGGUUUGUGAAGUUAAGUUCUCCUUUUGAUUCCAUUAAUGACUGACUUUUUUUGCAAGAAUGCAUCCAUUUUCAUCUUGAUGUACAAUUCUUAGCUGCAAUUCUCAAGGGUUGUUUGAUUUUUGGGACAGUUAAAUACAUAGUACAUAAUUCUUAUUUAUUUACAU